AUGAAAAAUAUUCCAUAUGCUUCAGCUGUCGGAAGUCUUAUGUAUGCUCAAGUUUGUACUAGACCUGACAUUGCAUUUGCAGUUGGAGUUUUAGGAAGAUAUCAGAGUAAUCCAGGUGUUGACCACUGGAAAGCUGCAAAGAAAGUAAUGAGAUAUCUUCAAGGAACAAAAGAUUUCAUGCUCAUGUAUAGACGAACUGCUAAUUUAGAAGUGAUUGGCUACUCCGAUUCAGACUAUGCUGGCUGCGUUGAUUCACGAAAAUCAACGUCUGGUUACAUUUUUAUGUUAGCUGAUGGAGCAGUAUCUUGGAGUAGCAAAAAGCAGACCUUGACUGCUACUUCUACUGUGGAAGCUGAAUUCGUUUCUUGUUUUGAGGCUUCUUCACAUGGUGUAUGGUUGAAGAGUUUUAUUUCUGGGCUUAGAGUUGUGGACUCAAUUGCUAGGCCACUGAAGUUGUACUGUGAUAACUCUGCUGCUGUUUUCAUGGCUAAGAAUAAUAAAAGUGGAAGUCGAAGUAAGCACAUCGACAUUAAAUAUCUAGCCAUAAGAGAACGUGUUAAAGAAAAGAAAGUGGUUAUUGAGCACGUUAGCACUGAGUUGAUGAUUGCUGAUCCUUUAACUAAAGGCAUGCCACCAAAGAAUUUUAAGGAUCAUGUAACGCGAAUGAGACUUGGUUCCAUGAUGUGA